GACGUGGCCACUUAUUUUUGUUUGCGAAAAAAAAAAAAAGGUGCUGUUCGCUAAUGGCAGCGCUAUUUUGGGGUUCUAUACUCGUUGUGCGAGUUGGAGUUUCCUUCUCGUAAAGUCAUGAUUCUGGGUUUGUUGCUUGAUUUUUUUUCUUGCAGGUUAGGGUUUCACAAAUUCUGGCUAUGGAGCUCAUGGUGGCGUGAUGAAAAAUGGGUUUUGUGGUGUUCAAGAGGAAGAAGGGUUUGUGGAUUGCUUGAGUGCAAUUCUGUGGGUUUUGGAUUUUUUGUGCAGGUGUGAAUUGGGAACGAGAAUGGACGCUGGCUUCGCGGUGGUGGUUGCUCAAGGAAGAUGGAGGUGCGGUUUGCGCAAAUUGGGGAGACGAACCUGCGAUUGGGUUCGGUGGAUUCGCUCUAGAAGGAGAAGAUUGGUUGUGAUCUGGGUAAGUCAUGGUGGUCCGAUUUGGUGGAUGCGCGAGGAAGGGUUCUUGCAGUGGUGCGUUAAUGGGUUUCGCAGGUUGCGAAAAAAAUGGUGGGUCAUGUUCGCGAUUGGGUUUUUCUUCUGUAUCUAGGUUUCUCUGUGUGCAGAUGGAUGCUCAUGGUGGUUUUUUUCCAAGCUCGUGGUGUUGCUGCAGCGGAGAAAAUGGUUGUUGGUGCAGACUAAUUGCGUCACGGUGUGAACUAAUCGAGGGCUUCUAGAAAUUGGGCUUAAUUGGGUUUCUGAUUUACUUUAGGAUUCUAGAGAUGGAGGAUUUGGAAGCUCAUGAUUAGAGUUCUUGGAGGCGCAAUUUGGAUGUCGGAAUCACGAUUUGGUGAAGAAGACGAAGCUUUUGAGGAGGCGUUGUUCUGGAUCGCGAUUUCUGUGGAGGCUCGCGAAUUAGGGUUCUUGGUGCACAUAGAUUUGGGGUUCAUCUUCGCGAUGAAAGGGGAUUUUCUAGGUGCUGAUUUCGCGGUGGAGAAGAUUGGAGAUGAUAGUUCGCGAUUGAGAACUAGGAUUCGUGAUGCGAAUUGGUUUCUUCUUUUUACAAUUUGUGUUUGUGAUUUUGGGUUUUUUGGAAUUUGGUUUUUCUGCAGGGUGGUCGGGUAAGGUGGUUGUUGGCUGAGGGACAUUGACGGCGACACGGGGAAGGAGAAAAUGAAUUAGGGUUUUUGGUGAAAGAGACGAUGCUGAUGUGGCAGCAUCUGAUGAGAUGGGUGUCUCUCAUUCGUUGAUUGGGUGUCUAACGUCAUUUAAAAAAUUAACACUAGGAUGCCACAUCAACAUGAUUAUAUGGCCUAAUUUAAAGACAGGGUCUAAUUAUAAUAUACAUUCACUAAGUACUCAAUAAUGAUAAGGUCAUUGCGACAAUUAUAAUUGGAGAUGAAAUAUAGCUCUUAAAGCUAAAGGACAUUGUGUUUCAAAAUAGAUUCAAAAUAAAUCAUAAGUACUUUAAAACAUAAAAUAGGAACUUAAUACAGUUUUUUUAA